GCCUUCGUCCCUCGCUGCUCGAGGGGAGGAGUCCGGCUCCUGAUCUAGGCCUUGGCCUCUGGCAGGCCCUGUCUCCUUUGCUUGUCUGGCCAGCCAACCCAGCCCUGCCCUGCCCCUUGCUGCCCUGGCCUGCCCUUUCCUAAAGCUCCGUCGAUCGCCUCUGCAUUGCUUUCGAUACGAUCGUUCGAUCGGUCGGGCCUCUGCAGUUUCCCCGGCUUCUGUUCAGCUCGGUGCAUCGAUCGGGAGCUGGGCUUCGUCUCUCAUUCGGGUGUGCUCCGAUCUUGCUCCGGCCUCGGUGCAGGAUUGUGGUAUGAAAGGACGAAGUGGGGUUUGCAGGUGAGAUAAAGGAGAGAGGGGCAGCGAGAGUGUGAUCUCGGAGGAGGAGGAGAAUCAGCGAGCGAGCAAGGAGCAGCAGCAGCAGCAGCAGGAAAAGGGGUUGAGAUCCAUAUUGGCACGUUUGGUUUGUGAUCUAUACGCCCGCCCGUCAUGGCCUCCGAGCCGGAAGUCUCGAAAGAAACGGUCCUUAAGCGGGACAUUCCAUGGGAAACUUAUAUGACAGCCAAAUUGAUCACCAGUACAGGCUUGCAGUUGCUCAGGCGCUAUGAUCACAGACCCGACAAUGUUCAAGCUGCUCUUCUGGACGAGAAUGGUGUUGCCUAUGUCCGCGUUUUUGUGGGUAUACUACGAGAUAUUACCAAGGAGGAAACCGUGGAGUAUAUGCUUGCUGUCAUUGAUGACAUGCUCUCAGCUAACCCCAAACGAGCAAGGCUCUUUCACGACAAGGCGCUCUCUGGGGACGAUGUGUACGGACCCUUUUUGAGGCUGUUGUCCAAAAGAAAGUGGUUUAUUCAAGAAACGAGUUGCAAGAUUCUCACUCUCAUCAUCAGUGCACGGCCAAGUGAGGAGAUUUCAAUGUACGAGGAAAAUGGUUCAUCAUCAUCCUCAUCUAAUGGAGCCCAGAAACAGCCCUCGGAUGACUUUGAUAAGACAUUGGCCGGCGUUGUCGAAUGGUUGUGUGUCCAGCUGAAAAGCCCCUCCCAUCCAACUCGAGCCAUCCCAACUGCAGUGAGCGCUUUGGCGAUCCUUUUCAGGGAAGCCAAAGUGAGGGCUUUGUUUGUAGAGGCAGGGGGCGUGAAGUCUCUCGUUCCCUUGAUUUCUCCCGCAUCUACCCAGCAAUACAUCCAGCUUCUGUACGAAGCUACUUUGAGCGUAUGGCUUUUGACAUUUUACGAACGGGCUACCGAGGCAAUGGCUGAGACGAAGAUUAUUCAUCAACUCGUGGAAGUUGUCAAAGUUUCCACAAAGGAGAAGGUCGUGAGGGUGGCACUUUUGAGCUUAAGAAAUCUUGUCAAGAAGGGCAACUUUGCAGCUGAAUUGGUGGGGCUCGGCAUGCCCAAAAUUAUUCAAAACUUGAGGCUUCAGGCAUGGAGCGACGAGGAUCUGAACGCAGCGCUCGAUGAACUUGAAAGCACGUUGAAGGACAGCGCCAAAGAACUCAAUUCGUUUGACAGAUACAAGCAGGAGGUCUUUUCUGGUAACUUAGACUGGACACCGAUGCACAAAGACCAAAGUUUCUGGAGAGAGAACAUCAAGAGGUUCGAGGACGAUGAUUACCAGGUUCUUCGAAUUUUGAUCACAAUUCUAGAGACCUCUAGGGAUGGCAAGACAUUAGCAGUGGCUUGCUCCGAUAUCUCUCAAUUUAUCCAGAACCACCCAACUGGUCGUGGUAUCGUCUCCGAUCUGAAGGCGAAGGAUCGUGUCAUGCGUCUGAUGGCGCAUGAGAAGCCUGAUGUAGCAAGGGAGGCUUUGCUCUGUGUCCAGAAAAUUCUUCUCAGUCCCAAAUACGUCAGUUAUAUGCAGUAAGAGAGGUUAUGUCUUCGUUCUGUAGAGGAAAGGUGGUGGAGGUGGAUGAAGAGCAGCUGCUAGACGGCUUCUUAAUCUGCAAAGCUUCAAUGGAAACAUAAAAACAAGUCUUGCUUGUUUAUGGUGUCUGCGGUGGCACAUGUAUUUAGUAUUUGUUUUAUUAAUUGUCAAUAAGGUUUGUCACUGAGACGUACAAGUUAUUGUUUAGUGUUGCACGCGGAGCAAUCGGAAAGUGUUAAUGCAAAGGGGUGGCCGGCCUUCACGGUCUUGAACCUCAGAUUGAGAGC